AUGGCCCUCCUAAGGCUACAGAACUCACACCGAGCAACUCCGCACAUACCCCAACCCCCACCAAGAAAUUCACCCGACCCCUACCACACCCUCAUACACAAAUACACGCCCAUCCUCGCCAACAACGCCAGCCAACUAUUUACCAGGGGCCCGGUCGCACCGACCCAGCUCCAGUCCGGACAUAGCCCACACAACAUCCAUUACGCACCCCGCAAGGAUCACAGGCAUCCUCCCCCUCCCAAACCACCCUCCCUCCCGUCCACCCCUUCCUCCCUGCCCACCCACUCAACUGCCAGCACCACACACCUCUCCUCUCAUGCCCGAUCCCCGCAGGUACACCUUGCCACGCCCCCUCAUACAUCCCCCACGCUUCACCAGCGCAUACAACAGGCCCCGGCGUCCGCGCCUGACAGGGAACAGUCACACGCCACAACUCCGCGCCCCCCCCCUCCCCACGCCCCACCGCAACCAAGAAUCACCCCCUCGACGGCCCACAGGCUGGACACCCUCUGGGCGACCCCCCCUCCGGCUCCGCGGUCACUCCGUGCCCGGGCACCCGGCCAAUCCAAUCGCCCUCCCCCCUCACAACAAAAAAUCCCACACAAUUACCCCAUCCCCCCAAAAUCUGCCCACAAUCCACAAAAAAAUUGCCCAAGAACCCACAAAAUACCCCCCCCGCCCAAACGAACUCUACCAGAAUCGACGUCCAUCCUACCCCACAUCCAAAACACAAUCACCCCCCGCACACACCAAUCUCAGAACCCCACUCCCGGCCCCACAACCAUAGGCCCACCCGCAAUCAACUCACGCGAUCGCCCCGGACCCACUACGAAGGCCCUACCAAAAUAA